AUGCUGGUGGUCUCUGGCCAAUGUUCCAGCAAUCAGCAGCAAUCUUUGCUGCUCCAACUGAAGAACAGCCUGAAUUUUGAGCCUGCAUUAUCCUCAAAGCUUGUGAAGUGGAACAAUGUCUCUGAUUAUUGUUCUUGGCAAGGUGUCUCCUGCAAAGGAGGUUGUGUUACCCAUCUCGACUUGAGCAGCGAAUCGAUUUCAGGUGAACUUGAUAAUUCAAGUGCUCUUUUCGGUCUGCAGUACAUCGAACACCUGAAUUUGGCGAAUAAUAACUUCAAUUAUACUCAAAUUCCAUCCCAGUUCAACAAGCUAGCCAGUUUGAAUUAUUUGAAUCUGUCAAAUGCUAGCUUUGCAGGGCAGAUUCCAAUUGAGAUUUCGCACUUGACAAGGUUAGUGAUUCUCGAUUUGUCGACCUGGUACUUUCCCGGUCUUCCUUCGCUGAAACUUGAGCAACCAAAUUUGAGAUUGGUCAUUGGAAACCUUUCGGAGAUAAAUGAACUUUACCUAGAUGGUGUGAACAUAUCAGCACCGGAAACUCAUUGGUCUCAAGCAAUAUCAUCUUCAUUGCCAAACUUGAGGGUAUUGAGUCUGUCCAGUUGUAAUCUUUCAGACCCUAUUGAUUCUUCUUUACAAAAGCUUCACUCGCUCUCAGUCAUUCAUCUAGAGAAUAAUUAUUUCUCUUCUCAAGUUCCAGAAUUCUUAUCAAAUUUCUCAAAUUUGACUUCCUUGCGUCUCGGUUAUUCUCGGUUAAAUGGUACUUUUCCUGAGGCCAUCUUCCAGGUACCUACACUGGAGACCAUUGACCUAUCAAAUAAUGUCCAGCUUCAGGGUUCUUUACCAGAAUUCAAGAAGAACAGAUCUCUUCGGACCCUCGUUCUAAGUAGAACAAAUUUUUCAGGGUUGUUGCCUGAUUCCAUUGGCGAGCUCAAAAUGCUGUCAAGAAUAGAUCUUUCAUUCUGCAAUUUCACGGGAGGAAUUCCAAGUUCAAUGGAAAACCUUACAGAAUUAGUUUAUUUGGAUAUGUCAAAUAACAGGUUAAAUGGCUCAGUUCCAUUGUUCAACAAGGGAAAGAAUCUGGAGGAAAUAAUUCUCUCUCACAAUGAUCUAUCAGGUCAGAUUAAUUGCAUUCAAUGGGAAAGCCUUAUUAACCUGAUCAAUCUAAACUUGGGUGACAAUAAACUGGAUGGGACUAUACCCUUAUCUCUGUUUUCUCUUCCCCUGCUCCAGAGACUACAACUUGACACCAAUCAAUUCUCUGGUCAAUUGCUUGAAAUUUCUAAUAUCUCUUCCCAAUUGCUGGACACUCUUGAUUUGAGUAGCAACAAUUUGGAAGGGCCAAUACCCGUGUCUAUCACUAAACUUCAAGGGCUUAAGAUUCUUUCUCUUUCUUUCAACAACUUCAGUGGCUCCUUUGCACUUGAUGGCUUUCAGAAACUGAAGAAUCUUUCACGUCUUGAACUUUCAUACAAUAGCUUGUUGAUUAGUUAUAAAAGUACCAGCUAUUCGUAUUCCUCCUUUCCUAAUAUUACCACAUUGGCUUUGGCUUCAUGCAAGUUGAGAAAAUUCCCUGAUUUCUUGAGAUACCAGUCCACAUUAAGGUAUUUGGACCUUUCACAAAACCAGAUUCAUGGAGAGAUACCCAACUGGGUUUGGAGGCUCAGUGAUCUUCAUAACCUAAAUCUGUCUUGCAACUCGCUGGUAACUCUAGAAGGUCCUAUACUUCAUACCAGUUCUACUUUCAGUAGUCUGUCUGUGAUUGACCUUCAUUCUAACCAGUUUCAAGGACAAAUCCCAAUUUUACCACCGUCUGCCACUUAUCUGGAUUACUCAAGGAACAAUUUCAGCUCUACCAUACCCUCUGACAUUGGUAAUUCCCUUAAUUUCACUACUUUCUUCUCUCUUUCAAGCAAUAACUUCCAUGGCAUCAUACCGGGGUCAAUAUGCAAUGCAUCAUAUCUUCAAGUUCUUGAUUUGUCCAAUAAUUCUUUGUGUGGCAAAAUUCCCGAAUGCUUAUCUGCAAUGGUAAGCGGUCUUGCAGUACUCAAUCUAAGGAGAAACAACCUUGUUGGCAGCAUUUCUGAUAACUUUCCUGGAAAUUGUAAUUUGGAAACUCUAGACCUCAAUGGAAAUCUGCUAGAAGGCAAGUUUCCAAAAUCUCUAGCCCAGUGCGCCAAGUUAGAGGUUUUGAACCUUGGGAACAAUCAGAUGACAGAUUCAUUUCCCUACUUGUUGAGAAACAUAUCCUCCUUGCGUGUUCUUAUUCUGCGGUCCAACAAUUAUUUUGGGAGAUUUGAUUGUCACAAGACUAAUGGCACCUGGCCAAUGCUUCAAAUUAUUGAUCUUGCCAACAACAGUUUUACUGGAGAUAUUCCAGGAAAUUGUUUGACAACAUGGCGCGCAAUGAUGGUUGAUGAAGAUGCUUCACCAUCAGUUCUGAACCAAGCUGAAUUCCGGGUGUUUCAGUUCAGUGAGCUGUAUUAUUGGGAUGCAUUAACUAUCACCAGCAAAGGUCUAGAGGUGGAGUUGGUAAAGAUUCUCAAUAUCUAUACAUCAGUUGACUUUUCUUGCAACAAAUUCAGUGGAUCGAUACCUAAGGAAAUGGGAGGACUCAUAUCACUCUAUGCUCUCAACUUGUCCAGUAAUACUCUCACUGGUGAAAUUCCAUCAUCAUUGGCUAACUUGAAACAGCUCGAGUCCUUGGACCUCUCAAAGAACAACCUGAGUGGGCAAAUUCCGGAAGAGUUUGCAAAACUUAACUUCCUUUCAUCCGUGAAUCUCUCUUAUAAUCAACUUGUUGGAUUGAUCCCAACCAGUACUCAGUUUUCAACACUUCCAGCAUCUUCAUUUGAAGGUAAUAAAGGUUUAUGGGGGCCUCCAUUGACAGGACUCCCAGGAAAGAACAGAACUGUGAUGCCACCGCCAACAAAUAAUGGAAGCCAUUCACAUGUUGGACAAGAGAUUGAUUGGGAUUUUUUGAGUGUUGAAAUUGGAUUUGUAUCUGGCUUUGGAAUUGCUAUCGGGUCACUUUUGUUCUGCAAGAAAUGGAGGAAAUGUUAUUACAGAGCUAUGUAUAGCAUACUUGUUAAGAUAUUUCCUCAGCUGGAACAAAGAUUGGGUAAUCAUAGAAGACAUGUUUACAUCAAUCCGAGGUGGAGAAGCUGA